AUGGAGAAAAUAUUCACCGUGGGAAACUGCCAUAAUCAACUCUGGUUUGUCUUACUCUUCUCCUUUCUUUUAAGCUUGAUAUUGCUCUUAUUUGAUCGUACGGCUUUGAUUGGCGGCGAUCAAAACGGUGUCACUUUUCUAGUCAACAACUUUGUCAAUCAUGCCACCCAAACCCGCACACCCAAAUCUUUUGAUUCUUCCGUAAGUACAACAGACGACAAAAACGAGACAAAAUCCGGUUCGGAUUUGUGUUCGGGUCGAUACAUUUACAUGCAUGAUCUUCCCAGCCAAUUCAACGACGAGUUGCUCAAGAAUUGCCAUUCGCUUAUCAAAUGGACCGACAUGUGCCCGGCUAUAUCAAACAUGGGUCUUGGUCCUCGGGUUGAGAAUAAUCCGGAACCGGUUUUGUCGAAAACGGGUUGGUUUGUGACGAACCAAUUUACGUUGGAAGUCAUCUUCCACAACAGGAUGAAGCGCUACAAGUGCUUGACAAACGACUCGUCGUUGGCUUCGGCAGUUUAUGUACCGUUUUAUGCUGGCCUUGAUGUGGGUCGGUUCCUUUGGGGUUUUAACAUCUCAGUGAGAGAUGCAUCUUCUUACAGUCUGCUCAAGUGGCUUGCAGAAAAACCAGAGUGGAGAAGAAUGUGGGGUAGAGAUCAUUUCUUGGUUGGAGGAAGGAUUUCUUGGGAUUUCAGGAGGCAGACAGAUGAUGAUUCUGAUUGGGGUUCCAAGCUUAUGUUUUUGCCUGAAUCCAAGAACUUGACAUUGUUGUCAAUCGAGUCAAGCUCGUGGAACAAUGACUUUGCAAUACCAUAUCCAACAUACUUCCAUCCUACGAAGAUCAAUCAGGUAAUCCGGUGGCAGAAAAAAAUGAGAAGAACAAAGCGGCGGUACCUGUUCACUUUUGCUGGUGCCCCACGACCCAAUGCAACAGAUUCCAUACGAAGUGAGCUGAUUGAUGAAUGCCAGUCGUCACCCACAUGCAAUUUUCUUGGUUGUUUCAAUGGAGCAAGCAAGUGUGACGACCCUGCAAAUGUGAUGAAGGCAUUUCAAAGCUCUGUUUUUUGCCUGCAGCCUCCUGGGGAUUCAUACACGAGGCGGUCAACUUUUGACUCGAUUCUGGCCGGCUGUAUUCCGGUCUUCUUCCACGUGGGUUCUGCUUAUGCGCAGUACUUGUGGCAUUUACCGAAGAAGUAUACAGAGUAUUCGGUGAUGAUACCGCUGGACGAUGUCAAGGAGAAAAAGGCUGCUGUGAAUGAGAGAUUGCUUCGGAUUCCGAAGAAGAAAGUGUUGGCCAUGAGAGAGGAGGUUAUAAAGCUGAUUCCGAGAAUAGUUUAUGCCGAUCCGAGGAGUAGACGAGAGAGCUUUGAAGAUGCAUUUGACAUUGCAGUGAAAGGUGUUCUUGAGAGAGUAGAAAGAGUGAGGAGGGUGAUUGAGGAGGGUGAGGAUCCAAGCAUUGGCUUUUCCGAACUAAAUGGUACCAAGUUCUAA